GACCAACUGUUUGUGACAUUAGCAUUUUCGUGUUUACAUUUCGUGUGCGGAUCAACUCAAUCCAGAGUCAACAGUCAACUCUGCUGCUAUAAAGUGUGACGAUCUACGACCCAAAAUAUGAACUGUGUAACCAAAAGCGAUGGCUAUCUGCUUCCUCCACCUCCUCCUCUUACCUAUCCUUCUCCUCUCCAAUCUCUCACCAUCAACAGCCCAAGAGAAGCUUUCUUCCUUCAACAUCUCCUACUCUCCAUGGUCACCGACUCUGAACAGAAUACUCGUAUCGACGAAUUCAAUCUUCGCUGCCGGAUUCCGGCCAUUACCCACCAAUCAAAACCUCUACAUCUUUGCAAUUUGGUACCAAAACAGCUCCGACAAAACCAUCGCAUGGUCACUUAACGGUAAUUCAACCGUGACCAGUUCUUCCUCUCUCGUCAUCUCCUCCUCUGGCACUCUCGAACUCAAUGAUUCAACAGGGAAGAACUUAUGGCAGCCCACAACAGUCGAUAACUCCCCUGGCGCCGGCCUAGUUCUCCAUGGAAACGGUAGCUUGAUGUUUGGUAAUUGGGACAGCUUCAAAUAUCCUACCGAUACGAUUCUCCCCAAUCAGAUCAUAAACGGAACAACACUAGUGUCAAAGAAUGGGAAGUUCAUGUUUGUUAACUCCUCGAAAUUAAUUUUCAAUUCUUCCAAUUACUGGGAUGAGCAUACUUUUAACAUUUUAACCUCUGAUGGGAAUAUUACGAAGACAGAUGAUGCGACUCCAUGGCUAUCCGCCGAUGUGGGCUCGUCGCGGUUGCAUCGAUUGACACUCGACGACGAUGGGAACCUCAGAGUUUAUAGCCUUGACCCUGUUUUGGGUUCAUGGAAGGUGGUUUGGCAAGUGAUACAAGAGCUCUGUACAAUUCAUGGCACAUGUGGAGAGAAUUAUAUAUGUAUGACCAGUAAUGGCUCAAAUUCUACUACUUACUGUGUCUGUCCGCCGGGAUUCCGAGUCAGAAACACUACCGCCGGCGAAGUCUGCGAAAGGGCAAUUCCACUAAGGCCACGAGACAGCAAAUUUCUCAGGCUGGAUUUCGUCGACUUCGGUGACGAUAAUGAAACGCAAAUUCAAGUUUCCAAUUUCAGUUCUUGUAAGUCUGGUUGUGUUAGCAACCCAAGUUGUCUUGCCUUUGUAUUCAAAUUCGACGGAACAGAGACUUGUAUACAGCUUCAUCGUCUCAUCUAUGGCUACUGGUCACCAGCAACCGAGAACUCCAUGUUUCUUCGCGUAUCAGAUUCAGAUACAAGUGAAACGAAUUUCACAAGUAUGGCAACCAAGGUGAACACAAUCUGCUCUACUCUCAUAAGCCUUCCUUCCCCUCCUAAGGAAUCUAACACCACAACUAGGAACAUCGCCAUACUCUCCACCCUUUUUGCAUUUGAAUUCCUUAUUGGGUUCCUCUCUUUCUGGGCUUUCAUCAAGAAAUACAUCAAAUACAGAGACAUGGCUCAGGUGCUAGGUCUUGAACUCCUAACCACUGGAGGCCCCAAACGAUACAGCCACGCAGAGCUCAAAACAGCCACCAAUAACUUCUCCAAUGUCAUCGGCCACGGUGGGUUCGGCGUUGUUUACAAAGGAGAACUCCCCGAUCAUCGAAUCGUUGCCGUGAAAUGUCUUAAAGAUGUCGCCGGCGGCGAGGCUGAGUUCUGGGCUGAGGUCACAAUUAUUGCUAGAAUGCAUCACCUUAACUUAGUUCGAAUGUGGGGGUUUUGUGCAGAGAAAGGGCAGAGAAUGUUGGUCUAUGAAUAUAUCCCAAAUGGCUCCCUUGCUCAUUUCCUCUUCCAUGCUAAUAGGGAUGAACAUGAACCUGGAACUGGAACUGGAACUGGAACUGGAACUGAAACUGACACAGAAACUGGAAGUGUCCCUGUCCAGCCAAGGCCGAUUCUUGACUGGAACGUGAGGUACAGGAUCGCCCAGGGAGUAGCCAGGGCCAUCGCCUACCUUCACGAGGAGUGUUUGGAAUGGGUUCUUCACUGUGACAUCAAACCAGAGAACAUUCUUCUCGAAGAUGAUUUUUGCCCCAAAGUCUCAGAUUUUGGGCUUUCCAAGCUUACCAAGAAGGAAGACAAGGUAUCCAUGUCACGAAUCCGAGGGACACGGGGGUACUUGGCGCCUGAAUGGGUGAAGAUGGAACCCAUCACGGCGAAAGCUGAUGUUUAUAGUUUUGGGAUGGUUUUGUUGGAGAUUGUGAGCGGAAUGAGGAACUAUGAGUUCCGGCGAUCGUCGGUCGAUAGUGAAGAAUGGUACUUUCCGAGAUGGGCGUUUGAGAAAGUGUACAAAGAAAUGAAUGUGGAUGAUCUAUUGGACGGUCGGAUCAAGCAUUGUUACGAUAGUAGCGUCCACUUUGAGAUUGUGGAUCGGAUGGUGAAGACUGCGAUGUGGUGCCUCCAAGAUAAGGCGGAGAUGAGACCAUCUAUGGGAAAGGUGACUAAGAUGCUUGAAGGGACGGUGGAGAUCACGGAACCAGCAAAGCCCACCAUUUUCUACAUUGGAGAUGAUGAAUAGAGAAUCGCCUUCUCUCUCUCUCUCUCUCGAUCACUCUCCAAACAAUUUAUUUUAUUUUAUUUUUAUUUGGUGAAGACCAAUUUUUUUUUUUUAAUCUAGGAAUUAAUUCGCAUUCCUUGUGUUUCAAUUAAAGAUGCCCAUGAGUAAAUUCAAAUUUCAAAUAGAAAAUUGUUUGAUUUCUCA